UUCUGGAGCUUUUGCGGUUUCGAGCGAGUUCCACCCGUUUGGCUAAGAGCCACAUGGCUCAAGCUUUCCGACGACGCGCACGAGCGCAUGGAUCAGUUUUCCUCGCUUCAUUCUGCGUCGGUUCGGCGAAGGUUUGUGACCAAAGGCAGCAUGCAAAGCAUGCAGAGCAACACCAGCACUGCGACGACCAGCAAGAUCACCGCUGAAUUUCUGGCUGACAGUGACAAAUGGCAUUUGAUGAAAGCAAAGACCAUGUAUGAGAUGGUCGAAGAGAUUGAUGUUGGCAACGGCCCGGUGAAGCUGGUCUUCUUAUCCAAUAUGCAGGCGCGAGAGAUUGCCCAUGAUACCAAUCUGCUGAAGAAGUUGCUCGAUGCUUUAGAGGUACCAAAGCCUAAGCUGGUGUUGAACCUACUGACCUCCUGGGGCUUUCGACGAUCCUUGAAUUUAUUGCCGAAGGAGGAAUACAACCAAAGUUGGUCCUCUGGUCUCUUCCACAAUCAGCCCGCUUUCUUGAACGAAGAAGAGGAGUGCAAGGCAAUGGAACAGCUGGAUAUGUUUAUGGGUGAUGUAAUCCUGCCACUUGCUGCGGCCACCAACGCUGUGAUCGUUACGAAUGCCUUUCCUGGAACCUGUGCAUUGGCCGGUGCCCUGUCACGCGCGUAUGCUCUGCAGCAAACCAAGUGGGGCAACAAGCCUCCUUUCACCAUCCUCAACAUCUCUUCACAUGCACAUUCAGUGUAUUUCAAUGAGGAUAAGAACGCCUACUGGAAGAAGGUCUGUCAGAAAUCCAGUGUCUGGCGAAGGCGUGAUGAUCGAAUGAGAGAAGCCAUCAAGCAUGAGCCUGAGCAUGCCGGUUCUAGAAGAUAUGAUUUGGAUCCCACUGCACGGUUCUUGCUGCUGGGCGAUGGACUCUGCCAGGGUGCACUGGGCCCCUCGGCUGACUCCUUCGAUAACACGCCCAUGCAGAUCUUCCGCACCGAGCUCGUGGGAUAUUUGUCCACCAGCUUGUCCUCCGUGGCCAUCAAAACGGCGUGGAGCUUGAAGGAGGAAUCCUCGGAUUUGUCGAUGCACUACGCCCUGCAGCAAGCCUUCGCCGGCGCAGAGCUCGUCUUCUUGGACCUGCGGAAGCGGGCACCGCCCCAGCGGCCGCUGCCAGCUGCUGAGGUGGUGGGCGGCCUGGUGAAACCUCAGAGGCUGCGGAAGUUGGUGAAGACCGUGCGCAAGGCCUUCGACCGUGGCGGCGGUGGACAGGUGGGACCGGAAGACGGUGAGAGAAGGCUCCUGGCUGGGUGGAAAGACCACGAGGAUUACUGUGAGAAGCUGUUGGAGAAGAAGAUCUGUGAAUCCUUUGACGUUUGCAGUGUGGCUUUCCUCCAUACUCUGCUGGGUGGAGGAAGCCACCAUUUCGGACCUCGCAUUAACUCGGUCCCUCUACAUGAAGCAGUCGCUCAUGCACAGAAGAUGCGCAUGGACAACAGCCAGGAGACAGGAGUGGAUGUGAACCAACAGGAGCGCGUCUUAGGGAUGGCCGAGAAGUUGGCGGCGCGCAUCGUUGCGGACACCUGCAAGAACUUAAAUUCGGAGCACGAAGACUACGACGAGGAACGGCGGAGAAUGACCUCACAUGUGGCCUCAUGCGUAAGAGCCUUGCUGCUGUGUCCGCAUUUCCAUGCGAUCAAUAUCCAUGAGCUUCUGGACGCCAAGCGGAUGAUGAACCAGCUAGUGCAAGCUGAUAGACUUCCAACGGAAAACAGCCUGGAAGGCUUGUUGUUGCUCCAACAUGCUUGGCGCGAUCAUGAUGUGGCAUGCCACCUGGCCAGGAGAUAUAAGAUCGCCACAAAGUUUUUGUACAUGGUGCAAUUGCUUCUUGCGUCUUCACUUCUGAUCUUUACACAUGUGGACCUCCAGGUCAGCUGGAUGAGUUCUGCAGAUCUUCUCUUCCUCCUGGCGCUGCUCAGUAGCGCCACGCUGUCGAUCGAGGGCAUGUUCCGCCCGAAGCCCCGCUGGCGCGCGCUGCGGGCGGCAGCGUCCUCGCUGGAGUCGAUCAUCUGGUCCUAUCGAGCGCGAGUGGGUGAGUUCCAAGUGCAUCGAAAGGGCAUGGCCGGACAUCCGGAGACGGUGCUCUGUAAGAGGCUCAACGAGUGGGGCUCGCACUUGUUGGCCUCGGCGGACUUGCAGCGCACGGCGCUGUCGAAGAACUUUCCGGAGACCGUCUUUCGGCACCAGCAAUAUGCAGGCCAAAUCCCAGCACCUGACACGGAGCAGAUGGAUGAUUAUGAUUCACCUGCUGUUGAUGAUCAUCAUUCACCUCUCCACCCGGCGCUCUACGUGAUUUUUAGGAUGGAGAAGGCUUUGAGCUUCUACAAGAGGAGGAUUCCCUUGUACGCUCGCCACGAGAUCAUUUGCAAGUUGAUGAUCUUGGCCUGUUCGGUGGCGUGCAGCAUUCUGGCGCGCUUCGAGUCGGUCAUCAUCAUUGCCUCGGUGGCCGCGUUCGCCACUUUGGUCACCACCUGGAGCGAGUUCGUGGAUGCUGGGAGUAAGGUGGAGCGGUACACCAGCGCAGUGCAGUCCAUGACGAGCCUGCUGAACUGGUGGAAGAAGCUGAGCCACGUGGAGAAAGCAUCUCUGGAGAAUAUUUCCAAGUUGAUCCUUGAAUCCGAACAGAUCAUCGCGCAUGAAAACAAUGCUUGGGUCGAAUGCAGAGAAUCCAGAGAAAACACUUUGUUUUUAGUAGUUUUUAGGUGUGUGUUUCCGUUCGUAUGUCUAUAUGUCAUAUAUCCUAUAGGACCUGAGUGACCCAUGUUUGGAGCCACAACAUCGUCUUUUCCUAUCAAACCAAAGGCGUCCAUGUUUCUACUCCGAUUCUGGUACUGGGCAAGUGCCUCUGGGCCUUUGGAGUUUCCACCAUCGUAAAAUCGUAAAGGAGUAGAGCGAGUUUUCACAACUCAAUGAAUGGAACACAGAGUGAGCCUUGAGAGGCAGAGUCGCCCGUCGUUUCCCUUUUUUUCUGAUUCAAAUCAGCCGGUUCCUUCCAAUUCAUCCAGCACCAGCAUGGCGACCUCCAUCCGGCGGACAGGUCUCCGCCCGGCUGCUUAGGUCUCCAGCGGAACCACCGGGGCGACCGCCAACGAGAACGGUGCGACGGAUGCCGGAUCUCCCAUGGUCACCUUGUCGGCUUUGGAUCCGAAGAAGAUGGACACGGAGUGAGACGUCCAAAGGAGACGUGCGGUCUUCUGAAUCUUCGGAGCGACGUGUCGAGCCAGAAUCAUCCAGACGGU